ACAGACCUGCGAGUCAUUGAAGCUGAGGCUUUGUGUGUGUAUAUAAAGUGUGAGUAUAUGUAAGUGUGUAUGUGCCUGGCUGCGUGGGUAUGAAGACUUUUUCUUACUAGUAAGAGGAGAAAAGCACACGUCAGCAUGCUGUUAGAGCUCUUCAUCACCCUCCUGCUCAUCCACAGUCAGGUGCUGGGGGACACGAGUUCCUCUGAAGAAGACGAAAAUGUGAGCAAUGAACAUGAGGAUGAGCACAAAAAAAGUUCAUCCCAUAGCGAUCACUGGGACUAUCAUAAUCAGAGAUCAUGGCUGAGUGCUUUCACAGACUGUGGUGGAAAAUCUCAGUCUCCUAUUGACAUUGUGACUAGAGAAGUCACCUAUGAUCCCAGGCUGCCUGCUAUAAAACUAGAUGGUUAUGAUUUAAGUGGUCACCCUGAACUGACACUGCAAAACAACGGUCACACUCUGCAGCUCCAGUUGCCCAACACCAUGCGUAUAGUAAAAGGAUUUGACCAGGUCUACUUGGCAGCUCAGCUGCAUUUCCACUGGGGGAACACGGAGGUUCCUGGUUCAGAGCACACCAUUGAUAAUGUUCACUUCCCUGCUGAGAUCCAUGUGGUUCAUUAUAACUCAAAAUAUGCCAGCAUCAAAGAGGCUGCAAGCAAACCAGAUGGACUUGCUGUGUUAGGAGCCUUCAUUGGGAUUGGUCUUCAUGAGAAUGAAAAUUAUGAAAAAAUCCUGUCUGUAAUUAAAGAUGUUAGCACUGAGGAGUCGGACACUAAGAUCACCAGUUUUAAUGUCCGUCACCUUCUGCCAGACAGUCUGGAGAAGUUUUACAGAUACACUGGGUCUCUAACAACGCCACCAUGUUACCAGUCAGUGAACUGGACUAUGUUCAAUGACACAAUCACAGUCUCAAGGAAACAGCUUGCUGCUUUGGAGGAGACACUGAAAGCGGGACACAACCAGAGAUUGUCCCAAAACUUCAGAACUCCACAAAAUCUUUAUGGAAGACAAGUCCUGGCCUCUUUCCUUACUUCACAUACUGCAAAUGCAGGUGGGUCAUCUGAAACAAACACUUUCUCAAGAACUAGAGCAACUGGUACACAGGACGGACUGACUAGAGGUGAUAUCUUGGCCAUUGCCUUUGGAGUCCUGUUUGCUCUGACUUUGCUCUUUUUCUCCAUGUACGCUUAUCGACAGCGGCAAAAGCAUUCAAAAUCUAACCCUGACUCCAGACAAAAUGUUAUUUAUAAACCAGCAACCAAAGAAGACGUGUAGACCUGCCACGUUGUCCUUUGAUGUCAGACAAAAAGGUCAUAUUUAUACUGAAAAAGUUUUUGGAGUUGCAGUAAAGACACUGGUGAAUGUUAAACAGAAAAACAGUAUUUUAACUCCUUAAACUACUAGGAUCCAUUGAUGGGUGCAGACUUACAAUCCUUGCCUCUAACUACCACUUUUAUUGUAGUUACUAAAUAACAUGAUUUAAGAUGAAUAACAAAUAAGUUGGAAUAUUAAUGGGUUAAAAAGGAAACAUCUUGACACUUGUGUGUGUUUUUUUUUUAUUCAAAAAGGGAAGAUUUAGUCUUCUUGUCUUACUGAGAAAACAGACCACUCUUCUGAUGUUUUCCAUUUUUGCUGUAUAUAAAUGUAUUUUAUUGUUGUAUAGUGAAAUUUUGCACAAAUCUUAUCCAUGACCUAUUUAUGACCAUUUUCUACUUUCUUUGUGCCAUGUUUAAAUUAAGUGAUACCCAAUUAUCUGGUAUCAAACUGUUCAUACUAUUAAUGGUCUAUGAUAUGCACAAAAAUAACUACUCAGAGAAUCAAUAACAAUGUUUUAUGUACAUCGAUCUAUACAAAUAAAAUGUCUUCAUGUUUCUAA